ACUGUACUACAAACUCAAGUCAGUCAGUAGCGAUCAAGCUGCAGGGAGGGUGGGCUUAUCUUUAUCAAGAUCGGACAGACAUUUUCUCAACAGGUAUUUUGUACAACCUUGUAUUCCAAUUGCCUCUGAUAUCAUUGUUUGGUGAACCCAACAUGAUCAUGGACCCGAACGUCCCGGUGUGGUUAUCAAUAGUCUGUGGGAUCUCCAACAAUAAUGAAGCGAUCCGACAAGACAAUUUGUCGAGAAUUUAUCAAGCUAUGGGAAGGGAUUACGGUGCCAUACAUUUUAUCGAUUAUGGAGAUGAAGAAGAUAACAACGACCUAUUUAACCCCGACGACUGGGUAAUACCCGAACCAGUAUCUCCCUUGUCAGACACGUCAGAAGAUAUACCUACCAAUUCCACGUCUGGGUCAGAUGCUACAUCGACACAAACUAAUAAGGUCACUCCUUUAAGAAGAGAUUCAGAGAACAAGUCUAACUCGUCAGUUUCGUCAGGGCAUAGCCCUACCAGCUCUCAGUCUGCGCUUUAUCAGAACAAUACGGCAAUGGAGAGAGAUGAAUUGGAGAACACUCCUAGCUCAUCGCUGUCGUCAAAUUGCCAAGGUGUUAGACAUAUCAACUCCACGUCUGUGUUCCAUGUAGAACAUAUGUCAACACGAACCGACGAGGUCCAUCCUAUGAGAAGAGAUGGUAAAGAGAACACAACUAUUUCGCAAAUGUCAAAUCGGUCAAGAGAUAUACCUACUAUCUCCACGCUUGACUUUCAUCAAGCACAUACAUCGACACUAACCACCGAGGUGUCUCCUAUGAGAAGAGAUGACACAGAAGACACUCAUACAUCGUCAAAUUGCCCAGGAGAUCGACAUGUCAACUGCAACCCUGUGUUACACGAAGAACAUUUAUCAACACGAACCAGUGAGAUCAGUCCUAUGAGGAGAGUUGACACAGAAGACACUCAUACAUCGUCAAAUUGCCCAGGAGAUAGACAUGUCAACUGCAACCCUGUGUUACACGAAGAACAUUUAUCAACACGAACCAGUGAGAUCAGUCCUAUGAGGAGAGUUGACACAGAAGACACUCAUACAUCGUCAAAUUGCCCAGGAGAUAGACAUGUCAACUGCAACCCUGUGUUACACGAAGAACAUUUAUCAACACGAACCAGUGAGAUCAGUCCUAUGAGGAGAGUUCACGCAAAUAGCACUCCUAUUUCGCACAUAUCAAAUCGGACAAGACGUCAAGACAACACUCCUACGUCUUUAUUUAAUCAAGAAUCUUCGUCAAUACGAACUUUCGAAGUUUCUCCCAUAAGCAAUCAUGAUAAAGAGAAUAUCCCAGUUGGAAUUUCAUCGACUUCUGGGAAAGAGUGUACACAGGAUCUCCAGCAGGCCGCGGAGACGGGAAUCAGUCCCGUAGAGGAGCGUCCUAGAGACCGCCUUCCCCCCCUCUCUGUGCGGAAUACACGGGCAGUGCGACACAGAUACAGAAGUAGACACAACUACAAAUAUUGAUACAUUUCACUAACGGAAUGUACAAAUAAAUGUUGUAUUCUACAGUGAUA